AUGGAUGCCUCAGUGCCCGCUCCAGCUGGGGCUGCAAAGGAGAAGAAAAGAACACGGCCAAUUGGCUCCGGUGGUAGUGCUGCCUACAAGCGUGACUUGAAGGCCCUCAGGGAUGCAGCUCAUCCCGAGGGUGAGGAGCAGGAUAGCGGAUGCGCGAGAGCUGCAAAAGCGAGACUGUGUCGGGCUCGAGCUCGGGAAGCGGCUCAGGUUGCUCAAGAUGGGCAACCAGAAGGCUCGGUCAGUGAGCUCUGGCGUUACCGAAGUUUGGGUUCCGAGUUGCAGAAGAGAUUGAUGUUGUGUGUGAUGGCAUCACGCAAGCCAACGGCUCCCGAAGUAGAUCCUGAUGCCGCAAGCUUUGUGAAGCGACACUUGAUGCAGUUGCAGCCCGGCUUGUCGUUUACAGCUGAAGCUUCAGCCGUGGACAAUGAACGUCGCAAUCUGAAGAGCAUGCUGCUUCGCACAGGUGCAGCGGUCUACUGGGGUGCCUCAAUGAUGUUUGGCAACCUUGCCUCUAGCAUCCUCGCUUCUGGUGCCAAAGUGGUUAUGCUAGUGAAAAAGCGCAGAUAUGAUGAGACGCCGUUGCGGGUUCGGCAGAAGUCUUCAGAGGAGGGUACCGCUGUGCCGACAAAGCUUCUGCAGACGGAGCUCUCUUUCGGGGUCCUUUUGCAGAAGAAUGAGCAAUACAUGUUUGCACGAACGACACUACCCACGACUCUUUCAUCGUUUGAUGCUUGCACUGGUGAAACGUUGAAAGCAUGUCAGCUGAACCUAGAAAGCUCCGUUCCGGAAUUGCGCCGGUUGGCGAGGGAAGCAGCCUUCAAGGUUCAGUUGGUCAUGACGGACAGAGCGGGUCCGAACAUCAAAUGUGAGAAGUCAAUGCAGCUGGAGGAUGCAUCCUUUGUAAAGGCUCAUGGCUUCUGUAAGAUUCACAAGCUCGCCCAACAGCAAACUCAGUGCUGCAACCUUGUGGACGGCCACAUAUCUGGCAUCAUUGCUCUUGCGGUGGCCAUGCAAAUGGCGGGUGCGACAUCGAAGAUGAGGGAUGCACUAUCGUCUGUUCUCCGGAAAAGAGUUGACAUUUGCAUCGGAGAUCCACCUGACAAUGCGGACAACGAUGCAUACAGGGAACAAGUCUUCGACAUGUGCCUGUCUGAUUGCAGUGGCAGUGGGGACGAGGGAGCGAAAGUUAACCGUGUGAGGCGGCGACAACGCCUUGUCCUUGAACACUACUUCCGAGGCAGCAACUUGCGUGGUACGAGGAUCUUGUUCUUUUGGCCUUCUGGCCCGGUCCCAGAUGAAAAUCAAAUCUUCGCUGAGCUCGACGAGCACCUCGUCCCGGCCCUCAUCCCUCACCGCUGUCCGGUGUUUCCCCGUUCCCGGUGGACCGGCGGGGACUUGGCAUUGGAUUGGGUGUUGCUGUUGGGCCUAUGCUUCUUGGAGCCUGGCAGGCCUCAUGAAGCUGGCGUGGGUGCUACUGCUACAGAUGAUGAUUGGGAUGCUUUCUGCUUGAAUUUGGUUUCUGGAGUCCAUUCUGGAGAGAGAGGGCCUGAGUCUGAGCAAGCAGUACCACCGCCGGCGCAGCAGGAUGCCAGUGCUGGAGAUCCUGAUGCGCCUGAGCUGGCAACAGCUGAGAUGAGUUGGGCUGACUUCAAUGCGGCAAUGAAGAGGAAAGCUGCGGUGUUUGCACAGCAAUGCCCGUCUGCUGCGUUGGCUAUAUGCCGGCCGGUCAUGAGUUGCAACCUGCAGCUGCUUUACCAUGCCCUCAAGGUGAGUGGUGACACGUGGGACAUGCAGCAAAGCCUUGAGGGCAGCAACGUCCGACGCUACCGAAUCUUGGACGAGUACAGCGGCAAGGCAUCCCAUGACUUUUUCGACAGCUUGAGAAGCAUAUUCACUUCAGUUCCAUCGGCACUUCCGCCGAGAGCUCUUGCCAAAAGCUUGAGGACCUUGCUCUUCCGAUGUGCAGCUCGAGCUGGAGCAUGUCACCAUCAGUUGCUGGAGCGGUUUCGUCGGGGAUUUCCGACACAGCUCUUCGGGGCCCUGCUUGGGAACGAUGCUGUUUUGAAUGUUUCGAAAUGCUUGUUAGAUGAAUUGUCCUCCCAGUUCCGCGACCGCUUCGAGGACUCAGGACUCCAAUCAUCGGAGGCGCAAUCGUUCCUGCAUGCAUUGGCUACGAUGUACGACCUCGACAUCGCCGGCAUCGAAGCUCGUCACGCCAGCAUCAGACGACAUGUGAAGCUAUUCUCAAACCAGACCAGCGGAGCCGACUUGCCGAUGGUCAGUGCCAAGUUUGUGGUCCAGCAGCAGGCCCUGCAGAAUCUUCGCUGGAGCACGCACAAGGCACGAACCAGCAGUCGGGCCGGUCGGAUAGGGAUGGCACGUCGCCCUGUGAAAAAAGAAGGUCAGGCGACCAAGCAGAAGCGGGCUAAGCAGCCUGGAGGGUCCUGGAAUGCUUUUCAGCACAUCAAGUCGCUGGGCGUUCGCCGAAGGUUCUCCGGGGACUAUGUCAAGCAACUGUCCGCGGAGUACUGGCAGCUCAGCAGCGAUGAUAGAUCUUACUACGACGAGUUGGGCCGACUGGCGCGGAUCGCAGGUGAAGAGGGAUUCAAACCGUUCCCCAAGACAUCGGCGCUCCCUGCAGCUGCCCGCGUGGCCCAAGCUGGCCAGUUGCAGCCUGUGCAACAUCCGCCAGGUGAGCUGGCACCAUCGCCACCAGGAAGCGAUGUGAAACAAGCUCUUCUGGCCUUGGAUGCGCAGCUUCGUGCAGAAUGCUCCAACCGGACACAAGCCCUGGCACAGCUGCAAGACUCUGUUUCCGAGAUGUCCCACUUCGCUCCACAGCCGGAGGAGUUGUCAGCUUUGGCAACAGAAUGUUGCCAAAUGCAGGAUUCAGACAAAGAGCACUUCAAGUGGUUCGGAGGAAGCCUUCCCUCUGUCCACUGGGUGCCGCCUACGAUUCCGUUUGCCUGUGUUGCAUGCCGAGAUCAAGGCAGACGUGGGCAAGGCUUGGAAACUGGCUUGAAAACAGCCCUCCACGAGGCAUGGGAACAGCAUCACCAGAUGACCUACGAGAAAGAAGAGCCUCGCAUCAGAGACAGUGACUUCCGGGAGCUGUUUGAACCGUCUAUUUGCCAUCGUUUGGCAAUGUGUGUAUGCAGUGGACGAGGCCAACAGGCUUUCCGCCUGCACACCAAGACAAUCAAAUUGCUCAGGCCUCUGCUGGUUGCCAAAAGUCGCAAGCGUGAUGCCACCACAAAACAGUUUUUGGAGCCCAAACCCGUGAAACCAGAGGCCAGGUUUCUGGCGGAGUCAGGACAUCUUGUCCUCUGCUUCAGAAAGAAGGAAGCCGAGCCUGAGCGUGCAGAACCGGAGCCUGAUUGGGAAGAGUAUGUGGCUUCCUUGCUGCAGAACCCGGCAAACGUCAGCUCCCAUGCCACUGCAGCUUCGGCACCAAUUGCACUGCCACCAGGUGGCAUCUGCGAUGAUGAGGUUUGGUUCCAUGUUGGUUACAUGAAUUUCCGCACGUAUGAAGCCUCCGGUCUUUGCUUGGAACGCGCAGAUUUAGAUCUACAAGAUGCUGACUUGGACAUUCUCACAUUGAGCAUCUUACAAGAGCUGACUUUUCGAACUCUCUUGGAAGCUAUGUGCGAGCACAUCGACUACAACUGUUCUUGGUCCUUGCAGCUGUAUGAAGUUCUGAGUUUGCCGACAAGUGUGCAACUGGAGGACAUGGUGCCCGACCAGAUUGACGUCAGAGCGUUGAAAAACUGCCAUGAAAUCCUUGUCUGGCAGGGUGCGGACAGGGAGGCUGCUAACGCUGCUGAGGCUGAGGCGGCUGCGGAAGCCCGGUCGCGCCACAAGCAUCGGAAUCGUCCGGAAGGCGAGCAACAGCAAAGGCAAAGCAUCCGUCCAGCCAUGCCGGCAUUGCGGCGUCGGCAGACCUCUGCAGCUGCCCCGGGAGACAUGCCGGAUGCCGAUGUAGACAUGGCUGCUGCUGAUCCUGAUGAAGACUUCGGCGGUGGUGUGGGACCUGUUGAGUACCAUCCUCCUGCUGCUUCUGUUGAUGACUACACAGAUGGUGAGCAGGAUGAGGAUGCAAACACUCCUGCCUGGCUCCAGCGUGCAUUUGAUCUGAUGGACGCAGAGUUCGCCAACCAAGAAUUGCCUUUUGAUGAUGCGGCUCAAGCCACCUUGGGUGCUUUGUUCGAAACUCUAGUAGUCUGGAAUCUUUCGUUUUUGUUUGCACUUUAG